AGCACUCCUCCUCCGGCAUUCAACACAUCCUGCUGUCAAGGAUGUAGCGUGUUUGAGUGUCGGUGAUAUGACUGGCAGUUGUUUCCUCUCUCAACAUGCCUACAGCGAUGCACCUCGCCGUGAUGGUGGGCCUGCUGACAGCGACAAUCUGUAGCGGCAGGGGCACUUCCUCCGGACCUAAACAGGGAGAGAGGCUAACAAGUGCCACACAUGUCUCCAGCUCAGCCGUUUCAUCCACUGCACAAACUACCACCAACACAAAACCUACCACCAACACAAAACCUUCCGCCAACACAAAACCUUCCGCCAACACGAAACCUUCCACCAACACAAAACCUUCCACCAACCCAACACAGCCUCCAACAACAACCCACCAGAAUACUCCUGCAGCUGCUUCAGACUUGCCACAAACAACCAACAUGACGGAUGAAACUGAGCCCAGUUCUUCUCCUCAGAGUUCAACCGUCAACCAGACAUCUAAUGAGGCAGUUUCCCAAAGACCAACACUACCGCCAACAUCACGGCCACCAAAUGCCACGGAAACCACCACCGUGAACACGACCGGCUCAGCUCUUUCACCUGACGGGCAUAAAGGUGACUUGGCAGCCAACCCCGGCCUCGUGGCCAUCAUUUGCAUCUUCUGUAUCAUCCUGGGCCUUGUGCUGGUGGUUGCCACGGUGAAAUGUGUCCGAUCACAGAGGUCCAACUUCGAAAGGCUUGAAGAAAUGCCACUGGGCAAAGUGAACGAGCAGUCCCCGUUUGCCCAGUACUCAAAAUGACAGAGAAGGCUCCGUAAGACACCAGAGGCCCCAAGGACUUUUUCUGUUGGAGGACACUAACAUUUCUGGACAGAAAAAAACACAGAAAUGUUGUCCACACCAGCAGUGACUUUAGGCACAUACUAAAAGCAGCUUUAAUGCUUAUCUCUCAGGCUCUUACUUCUUUACAAAGCACUUUUAUCAUUGUCUGUGGAAUGUCUCUGCCUCAGGUUCGACCUGUUCGUUUGGCUGCUUGUAAUUCAAUUAAUUUAAGUCCUGAACCUUGAUCAAAUAGCGUUUGUACGAAAUAAUCCCCUAAUGUUUGUUUUGAAAAAUGAAUUGGUCUCAAAGGCAAAACUGUAAAUGUAAUGUUUCCUAAAAUCAUGACAUUUGAUCGUGUUAACACUUACGAUUUAUGACCGCACUUGUGACUUUAGAAGAACACAGUAUGUUUUAAGUUUCCAUAAUAACAGUUGGAUUUACAUACAAUGCUUAUAAAAAGUAUUUGCCCUCCUUUGAA